AUGGCAGGUGCUAUGGAGAAUGCCCGCAAGGAGAUCAAACGUAUCUCCUUGGAGGAUCACGACGAAUCUGAAUAUGGGUCCAUUUACUCCGUUUCUGGGCCCGUUGUGGUGGCCGAAAAUAUGAUCGGUUGUGCCAUGUACGAGUUGGUCAGAGUUGGACACGACAAUUUGGUCGGAGAAGUCAUUCGUAUCGAGUCUGAUAAGGCCACCAUCCAGGUCUACGAAGAAACAGCUGGUGUCACGGUUGGUGACCCUGUUCUUCGUACCGGUAAACCAUUGUCAGUCGAGUUGGGUCCUGGUUUGAUGGAAACUAUUUACGAUGGUAUUCAAAGACCUCUAAAGGCAAUCAAGGAAAAAGUGCAGUCCAUUUACAUCCCCAGAGGUAUCAACGCCCCAGCAUUGUCGCGCGAAGUUAAGUGGCAGUUCAACCCUGCUCAAGACAAAAAAGUUGGUGACCACAUCGCAGGCGGUGACAUUUUCGGUUCGAUCUUUGAAAACUCGUUGCUUGAAGACCACAAAAUCUUGCUACCUCCAAGAGCUAGAGGUACCAUCACCUGGAUUGCUCCAGCUGGCGAUUACACUGUGGACGAAAAAGUGCUGGAAGUCGAGUACGACGGCGUGAAAUAUGACUACAGCAUGUACCACACGUGGCCCGUGCGUGUGCCACGUCCCGUCACAGAAAAAUUGUCUGCCGACUACCCUCUUUUGACAGGUCAAAGAGUCUUGGAUUCCCUUUUCCCAUGUGUUCAAGGUGGUACUACCUGUAUUCCUGGUGCUUUUGGCUGUGGUAAGACAGUUAUCUCUCAAUCGCUAUCCAAGUACUCCAACUCCGAUGCCAUUGUUUAUGUUGGAUGUGGUGAACGUGGUAACGAAAUGGCUGAAGUUUUGAUGGAAUUCCCUGAGCUGUUCACCGAGAGAAACGGCAAGAAAGAACCAAUUAUGAAGCGUACUACUUUGGUCGCUAAUACUUCUAACAUGCCUGUCGCUGCUAGAGAAGCCUCCAUUUACACUGGUAUCACAUUGGCCGAGUACUUCAGAGAUCAGGGUAAGGAUAUUGCCAUGAUUGCUGACUCGUCGUCAAGAUGGGCUGAGGCCUUGAGAGAAAUCUCCGGUCGUCUAGGUGAAAUGCCUGCAGAUCAAGGUUUCCCGGCUUAUUUGGGUGCAAAGCUUGCUUCGUUUUACGAAAGAGCCGGUAAGGCCGUGGCGCUGGGCUCGCCAAACCGUGUAGGAUCUGUCUCUAUUGUUGCUGCUGUUUCACCUGCAGGUGGUGAUUUCUCUGACCCUGUCACCACUUCUACAUUGGGUAUCACUCAAGUUUUCUGGGGUCUGGACAAAAAACUCGCUCAGAGAAAGCAUUUCCCUUCCAUCAACACUUCCGUGUCUUACUCCAAGUACACCAACGUGCUCAACAAGUACUACGACGGUAACUACCCUGAAUUCCCAGUCUUGAGGGACCGCAUUCGUGAAAUUUUGUCGAACGCCGAAGAAUUGGAACAAGUGGUACAAUUGGUCGGUAAGUCCGCUCUGUCGGAUAGUGACAAGAUUACCUUGGAUGUGGCCACGUUGAUCAAGGAAGAUUUCUUGCAGCAGAACGGGUACUCGACGUACGAUGCCUUCUGUCCAAUUUGGAAAACUUUCGAUAUGAUGAAGGCCUUUGUUUCUUACCACGACGAGGCUCAAAAAAGCAUUUCUAAUGGUAGCAACUGGUCCAAGUUGUCUGAGGCCACCGGUGACGUGAAGCACGCCGUUUCGUCGUCCAAGUUUUUGGAACCCAGCAGAGGCGAGAAAGAGGUGCACGGUGAAUUCGAACAGCUAUUCACCAAGAUUCAAGAGAGAUUCGCCGAAUCUUCCGACUGA